CAGAGUUUGACCGGAGUUACUUCUGCUCUACAUCCUCAUCUGACUAAGGAACUUUGAGAAAGGCUGGUCUCAAGACAAGGAUGGAGAAAAUCAAUACAACAGAUUUAUAUGGUGGAAAUGACUCAUUUUCUGACAUCAACCAUGACGACAUGGACAAUGACUACUUUGCUAAGCUGAGAAAGUCUCUCAACAUCAUGUCUGUCAUUGUUUACUGCCUGGCCUUCGUUCUUGGUGUGCUCGGGAAUGGAGUGGUUAUCUGGGUGACCGGGUUCAAGAUGAAGAAAACAGUUAACACAGUUUGGUUCCUCAACCUUGCUGUGGCCGAUUUCCUCUUCACAGCAUUCCUCCCACUGACAGUGACAUACACAGCCAUGGAUUUCCACUGGCCUUUCGGCAACUUCAUGUGUAGAGUUAAUUCCACCUUAACCUCCCUGAACAUGUUUGCCAGUGUCUACAUCCUGGUGGUGAUCAGUGUGGACAGAUGUGUGUCUGUGGUGUGGCCUGUCUGGGCCCAGAACCACAGAAAUAUACGCAAGGCGUCUUAUGUGAGUCUAGGUGUUUGGGUACUGGCUCUGAUUCUCAGCGCUCCAUACUUUGUCUUCAAGGAUACUUUAACGUAUAGUGAUAACACCACCCUCUGCUUCACCAACUUUGCUCUUUCUGAUGAUCAUGAAACAGGACAGUUUCGUUAUCAGGCCGUGGCCAUCACCAACUUCCUCCUGGGAUUUGUUGUUCCCUUCACUGUCAUUGUCUCCUGUUACACUGUGAUAAUCCAUCGUCUCAGGAGGAACCGCACCUUGGCCAGCAAGUCAAGUCGCCCCUUUAAGAUCAUCGCUGCUGUUAUCACCACUUUUUUCCUGUGCUGGGCUCCUUUUCACAUCAUGCGUCUAAUAGAGUUGGAUCAUCACACGCGUUCUAAAACAUUUGGCUAUGUCCUCUCUAUUGGUCUGCCUAUAACCAUCAGCUUUGCCUUUCUCAACAGUUGUCUGAACCCACUGCUGUAUGUCUUCAUGGGCCAAGAUUUUAAGGGUAUAGUUCGCAAAUCCAUCCUGAAUAUAUUGGAGACUGCCUUCCAGGAAGAGGUUUCUCACUCAUAUACUCGCACAAACUUAACGGUCACCAGUCGGAGUAAAGACAAGUCAGUUUCUGAUGUUCAGGUAUAAGUUUGCUCACGACAUGAAUAAACAAAUACUGUAACUGUAUGUAGGAAAUAAUUUUCAUACAAAUGUAGCAUUUUUUAACAGCUUUCCCAUUAUGUCCUUUUCUUCUGAUGAGCUCCAUUAAGUAACAUUUAUAACAAAUGUGUUUUUGUUUGUUUUGUUUUGUCAUUUUAUUAGUGAAAUAGUUUGGACAUAAUAGUUUUCAUGAUAACUUGUUGGUCUGAAUGUAAGAUAAAGAUACACUCUUCAAAUGUAUAUAUGUCAUAUAAUGUCAUAUAUAUAUUGUAUAUGAAAUAUAUGUGUUUCACAUGUAUCUUAUAUUUAUCUUUUAUUAAAUGUGCUAUUUUGAAACGGAUGUAGAUUUUAAUCUCUUCAUUCAUGGGGAAAAAUACUUUCAAACUCUUAUUCCCACAUAAAUUGUAGUUGUAACAUUCGUGGCUACCUUUGUAUGAAAAAUAUUUGAAACUGAUAACUCUUCUGCACACUAAAGGUAGAUACACUUCAUAUGUGUUUCUCAAUUUCAGAGGAAAUCUGAUUAAGAUUACAUGAAAUAUAUAUGAACAGUGCUGUUCACAGAUCAUGAAUCAUCGAUGUUGCAACAUUUGUUUCCUUCUUAUGUGAGAUCAAAAAAACAAAUUGGAC